CCCCGACUCGUGCGGCUGCUCGUUUCAACGUACCGAGUUACCUAGUAGCACUAGCUCGACUUUAGGGCAUCUGUCAGGCGCCCCGACAGCCCCGCGUCCCCGGAUCUCCGCGCGCGCGCCCGCAAAUCCUCGCUGCGCCGUUGCAUCCACUGCUAGCAACGCUACCCUGACCUUCCAAUUGCACCGCCCCUACGGCACCUUAUUUUCCAGCCCACGCGACGCUACGCUGCGCUACUCCCCUCUACUAACGUUACUUACUUCUUUACUACUCGCUUCCUCACAUCUCCGUUCCGACAUUCAUCCUUCUAUCCCGCCCCGUCUCUUUGGAGGGUGUGUCUUUGACUUGCCUCGUCUCGCCUCGCUUCGGUACGUCUCGCCUCUGCGCGUUGGCUCGCCUUUUCGCCCUUCUUGCUCACCCUGCCGGUCUUUGCGCAGCCCGCUCGCUCUGUACGCGAAGCACCGGGACAGCCAAGCGAGAGUCAUCGAGAGCGCCGUCCAUCCGUCUUCCUGCUGGCGCUUCGCUCGCCCAGCGGCCCUCGCCUCACCUCCGCUGCCAUACGCCGCCGCCGAUAUCGUCCUGCGUCGCCCGCCCGCCCGCCGGCGACGUCUGCUGUCGCCGCCCAACGGCCGCUGACGGGCACUUCGCCAACUCUGCCUCUCCCCGAAUCGUCAAACGGUCGGGCCCGCAACCACCUGUGUCUCAUAACGCCGGGUCUUUCGUCGGUAGCCGCUUCUCUUUGGGCACGCGACACUACCGAGUCGGCCGUGAGCGCGCGGGACGACAAUACCGAACGACGUUUGGACGUCAUUGGGCACGCACACGAAGAAGCGACAACAAACAGCGCAGCCAACACAGUCACCCCUCCUCCUCCUCGCCCCCCGGCAAGCACCAAAGCGUCCGUUCGUUCCCACACUGUGGCAGACUGGCGGCGCCGCUUAGCCCCCCCUCCCCUUUCCCCCCUCGACGGACGACGGCGCGCUGUCCUGCGGCUCGCUUCUUGGAGUCACGGCGCGGUGACGAUGCUGCCGCCCGACUCGCGGCGCCCUUGACACAAGGUCGACGACUCAGCGGAAUCCUUGACGCUUACGCCGUGCGCGCAGACCGUCUCACAGCACCCCAUACCGCACCUUCGCCGACGGGACCGACACCAUGAUGCAGAGGACCGCCAGCGAAAGCGCUGCCUCCACCAGCAGCUCCAAAAUGUCCCGUCGCCUGGGCUUUGCGCUGCGCAAGAUUAGCAGCAAAGGAUCCGACAAGCGGGACGACAGGUCUCGCCCGUCCACCCACGACCACGACCAUUCCGACCCCUCCCUCGCCCACCUCCGUCGCUCCGAGUCGGGCUCCCUCAACGACAUGCAGGAGAGCAACCUGAGACAGCUCCAGACCCUCGUCGCACGCAUGCGGGCCGCCCCGGCCGGCCCGAACCACGUCGACGGGGCCUACAAGGAGUUUAUCAAGAUCAAGGACACCUGCCAUGCCUUGUGCCUCGCUAUCCUCCAGGACGAGCUGCGGCCCCCCCGCGCCGCCUCCAACGACACCGAUUCCCUCCAGCGCCGUGGCUCGUCCUUUGAUGCACCGCACAGCCCCGGCGCCGUCUUCGACCAGCGCAGCUCCUUCAGCGGCCGUAGCCUUACGGAGGUGGCCACUGGCAGCGUGAUGCGGCCGCCUCAGACCAACGAGCUGUUCCUGGCCGCCAUUCGCGAAUGGAAGAACUGCCUCGAGACCCUUACCGAGGCCUUUCGCGUCAGUCUUGCCGACACGUACAAGAGCUACGAGCGCGAGGCCACACAAGAGAUGGUCGACCUGCUAUUCAGCAGCAAGAAGUUUCGCAAGGAAGCCGUUCACCGCAUGCGCAACGCCAGCGUCACGCGGGUCCUCUCUGCUGACCCCCAGUUUUUCCCGAGAUAUGAGAUUCGGUUCAGAAAUUACGAAAAGGUCAGGCAGGAGCUGACCGAAAUACGGCAUGUCCUCCAGAUGGGCGAGUCGGGCAUCUUGCCCUCACGGACGGUUGAAGACUAUCCCAUCGCACCCCGCGGCGAUGCGAUCCUCGAAUUCGCCAACAUCACGGCCGAGUCCAACGGCAGCGAGCCUGUCCUGCGCUUCCGCGUCUCGUCCUACAUGCUGGCCGAGACGUCGCCCAUCUUCGCUCGCAUGUUCUCGGGCCACUCAGGCAGCCUGUACCUGCACGAAGCCGGCGACAUCACCGACCAGCUGCCGCCGGCGCCGUCGCCGUACGUGUGCGAGGACGGCUCUGAGGCCAAGCUCUAUCGCAUGCCGCAGUACGAGGUCAACCACCUCAAGGCCAUGGAGACGCUGAUGCACGCGGCGCACAUGCAUAACGAGCUGGUCCCGCGUGAGGUGUCGUUUGAACAGUUUGUGGCGAUUGCCGAGUGCUGCAUGCGCUACAGGAGCACGUCGCCGCUCGAGCUGGUGGUCGAGCACCGAUGGCUUCCCCAAUGGAUGCACAAGGGCGCCGACGACAUGCCCGACGGCCUGCUCGUCAUCAGCUACGCGUUUGGGUCGCGUCAGCUUUUCACUCGCAUGUCCAAGAGCGCCAUCCUGAACCUGGUCGAUGAGCGGGACCUGCAGAGCAAGCCCUGGCCGCAAAAGAUCAAGGACCGCAUCUGGGCCGUGAGAUGUGCCAAAGUGGCACAGGUGUAUGCGAGCUGCACCACCACGAUUCAAGAGUACCUGCGGCCGCCCACACGAGCGCCCGACGAUGACCCAGAGCCACUGACCCAGGCGGACCUGCGCCAGAACAUCAACAUGCCGGCGGCGCCCCCAAAGCACGCCGCAACGCUGACGAGUACUCCACGGUGUCCCAAGGGAAGCCACGGCUGCGACGCCGUGAACCUGGGGUGGAUGAUGCUCGUGUACAACGAGAUGGAUCUCUUGCCGCAAAUCAUGCGCCCGUCGGUGCUCGGGCAUCUGCCUCAGACGGAGCCACGGCCCCGAAGCCUCGCGCAGAUGGUGGACCUUCUGCGGCGGAUGCCGAGCCCUGCGUCACCCGUCCACCAGGGCGGCGUGUGCGAUCCGGGCCCUUCGUUUCGGACGGCAAUUGCAGACAUUUACAACAGCGUCACGGGUCUCACAUUGCACGACGUGAGCGGCAAGAGCCAUGGUUGGGCACUGUCAAAGCACCGCAUGUCGGACCCCCAGGUCCUCGUCACGAGCGGUCUCGGGCGCAUGGCUGCCCACGACGACCCGCACACCGUCGCCGCCGAGUUCCCUGACGAGGUGCGACUGCGAAUCCUGCAGGCCCUGGACGACGUGGACGACCUGCACGCGGCGGCCCUGACGAACCGCGGCUUCUACGACACCUAUCAACGUCAUGAGCUGAGCCUGGUACGCAGGUUCCUUAGAGCCGACAGGAUCCGGAAGGCGUCUCUGAGGCAUAAUCAGCACGACGACGUCAAGGUGCUCAAGGAAGAGUCGGACCGCAUGAAAGAGGAGGUUGUCAACACCGACUUGGAUGCUCGCACCAUCAACGAAGUCGACGAGGAAGAGGACGAAGGCGACUCCGACGACGAGUCUGCGAGCGGUGCCUCGACGGCCUCGGCUCACGAGCUGCGGCGGAACCAGCAGACAGUCGACCCGCCCAAGUACGAAGAAACCGACAGCCCUCCGAGCGGUGGGCACGCGUCGCCUCCGACACCGCGACAAAGCCCCUUGGACAUGCGCCGGCCGUCGCACACCUCGCCAACGAAGCAGCCAGACGUCCUCACCGCGGCCAUUGAAGACGACGACAUCACGCCAAUGACCGAGGACGAGGCGCGGCGCAUCCUCUGGCCGGACUCGAUCCUCGACACGGAAACGCAACAGCGGAUACCUCGGUCCGCUGCGGCGGUGCUGCGUUCCCGCGCGCAGCACCGCCCCCAGGGCGGCUCGACCAACGGCCUCGCUGGCGAUGGCUCUUCCCCAUCCGCGGUCGAGAUGGUGCCUCUGUGGGAAAAGUUCCGCAUGGGAGACCCGUCGCUGGGAGACGCACUCGAGGACAAGACGCUGGUUGUGACGGGCGAGAAGCAGCUGCGAAGCGAGCACGACCGGCGAGUCGGGCUGUUGAAGAAGAAUGGCGCAAACGGGCAUGGUGGCAGUGACGAGAGCGCGGGCGCGGGAGGAGCAGCGAGCAAGGGAGCAUAACAGCAUUACUCCCUUCCCAACGCUCAUCAAGUAUCGUACAUGGUUCUUGUGUGGAUGUCAGUCAUUCACUACGAGCGGCGGUUUCUGUUUAUUUGUAUAUGGUGACUGAGGAGGACAAAAAGCGCUCGGGGAGAAGCACGGGAAGGAGGUGAUAUAUAUACCCACUCUGGGCGUUGGGACUUUUUGGCGGCGCGUUUGUAUCGGUUAUCUAUCGCAUGUAUGGGCGGGCCUGGGACGUUGGCGAGCGGGUUUGAAUCAUCAUUUCUUGGCUCUUCUUUUGCUUCUUUUUCAUCUUCAUUUUCCCCUUCCCUACCGUGGCUCCGGUUUUGGCCAUUCACGGUAUAAUCCUUUUUCUGGGAGGGGGGACGCGUGGCUUCUGUGUGUGCGUGUGUGUGUGUGUGUGUGUGUGGACUUGGAUUAUGAUUAUUUUUUGGCCCUUGAUGAUGACGCGCAUGACAUGAAGUGUACGGGAACGAAACGACGUUGGGCGAGGUGUGGUCGUUGAUUGAGUUGGCGUGUGCUGGCUGGCUGUGUUGCGUACGUGCGUG